AGUAAUAGUUUUAAGGCCUACCAGUGAAAACGUUACAAACAGGAUUUUAGGGGGAGCGAUUUAUUAUAGUCAGCAAAAUGACAUCGGUCGUCGACGUUGCGGUUGACCAGAAUGCCAAUACCACAAGGAUGAUAUUCUACCCGCUGCUGCUAUUAGCGUCCGCGAUAUGGAUGUACCACCGAUGGCAGCAUCAGUCCAGGAUGUCCAAAAUGGGAAACAUGCUCCCAGGACCCACAGCUCUCCCGUUAUUCGGAAACGCACUUAUGGCUCUGUUUAAGAAGCCUGAACAAUUCAUUAAACUUGGCUUCGAAUACGGUGACAAAUAUGGCUACGUGGUCCGUGGCUGGUUGGGUUCAAAACUUCUGAUCUUUCUCGCAAAUCCAGAAGAUGUGGAAGUUAUCUUGAACAGCCAAGUGCAUAUUGAUAAGGCUUCGGAGUAUAGAUACUUUGAGCCUUGGCUUGGAGAAGGUCUCCUCAUCAGUUCAGGUGCUAAAUGGCGCUCACACAGAAAAAUGAUCGCUCCUACAUUCCAUAUAAAUAUCCUGAAAUCUUUCGUCGAUGUUUUCAACCAGAACAGUAAGAGUGUGGUUGAGAAGAUGAAAUCUGAAAUCGGGAAGACUUUUGAUGUUCAUGACCACAUGAGUGGCGUUACAGUCGAUAUCUUAUUGGAAACUGCUAUGGGCAUCACAAAGAAGACUCAGGAUCAAUCUAGCUUCGAUUACGCGAUGGCUGUGAUGAAAAUGUGCGAUAUUAUCCACCAGAGGCAUUACAAAUUCUGGUUGCGACUGGACAGUAUUUUCAAAUUCCACCCAUUAUAUAAAACACAACAGAAACUUUUGGACAUUAUACACGGACUUACUAAUAAGGUCAUUAAGCUAAAAAAGAAAAUCUACCAGGAAAACAAAGCUAAGGGUAUAAUUCCCCCUAGUCUCCAAGAGUUGACUGAUGGCAAGGCUCUCAGUAACGAUACAGUUUUGGCGAACAAUGCCAAAACAUUAUCAGACACAGUCUUCAAAGGUUACCGUGACGAUCUCGAUUUCAACGAUGAAAAUGACGUCGGAGAGAAAAAACGUCUGGCCUUUUUGGACCUGAUGCUUGAAUCAGCUCAAAACGGCACCAACCAGAUCAGUGACCACGAGAUUAAAGAAGAAGUGGACACCAUUAUGUUUGAGGGCCACGACACCACUGCAGCUGGCUCAAGCUUCGUGUUAUGCCUGCUAGGUCUCCACCAGGAUGUUCAGGCGAAAGUUUAUGAUGAACUGUACCAGAUCUUCGGUGACUCAGACAGGCCUGCCACCUUCAACGACACUCUACAAAUGAAGUAUCUGGAGCGAGUUAUCCUUGAAACUCUUCGGAUGUACCCUCCUGUACCCAUCAUUGCUAGAGAGUUGAAGAGAGACGCUAAAAUCGUGACUAACAACUACGUGUUGCCGGCGGGAGCUACCAUUGUCAUAGCAACGUACGGCAUCCACCGCCACCCUCAACACUACAAGGACCCUGAUACCUUCAACCCUGACAACUUCCUACCAGAGAACAUGGCCAACAGGCACUACUACAGCUACAUACCCUUCAGCGCUGGACCCAGGAGUUGUGUCGGACGCAAGUACGCUCUGUUGAAACUAAAGAUUCUUCUAUCAACCAUCUUGAGAAACUACAAAACAAUUUCUGACGUCCCUGAGGAAGAGUUCCAGCUUAAGGGAGACAUCAUUCUGAAGAGAUCAGAUGGAUUCAGGAUUAGAAUCGAACCAAGAGUGAGGGUACCAUCCAACGCAGCCUAACUUAUUUGUAAAGCCUAGUACUAUCUACAGAUAUGUUGUUCACUUCAUGGUCGAUGUAAGGACUCAUAGAGCUAAGCCUGAUAUUUUUUUAAGACAGAUAUUUAAAACAAUACCAGAAAAAAGAUGAGGACACAAUCUGAAUCUCAAAGAGACCUCGAAAAAUUGAACUUAUCAAAAGUAACUUUUUUAUAAAUAUAAUAUUUAAAUAAAUGAGAACUUAUAUUUUAAUAUUUAUGAUUCAAAAAAUGUGUGUUAUACCUAAAUUUAUUAUACGAUAUGCAUUCGUUAUUCACGAUACAUUAAUAUAAUGGCUUUUAUGACAUGUCAUUAAAGCUAUUAUUACUUGAAAAAAUACGAUUAUUCAAAAAUAUGUAAAGAUUAUAUCUAUUUUCGAUUAUUUCUCAGUAAAAUUAUUAGCAGUGCGUGAAGAUAUCGUUAAUUUAAAACCUGAUUACUAAUUUUGGUAACCAUAAUUGUUAGACGAUUUAGUUGUGUCAUCGUGAGGUCAAUUGAUUAAUUAUGUCUUUAAAUAAAAGUUAAAAAAUA